AUGAAUAAAGUAGUAUCAAUAUGGAAUAUUAGAAUCAAUAAUGAUUCAUUUAUUCAGUAAAUUAAUGUUUUAGAUUGCAAUUUAAGAAAUAUUAUGUAUUAGUUUGUUUUGAUUUCAAUAAUUAUUUCAUUUACUUUAGCUUGCUAACUGAAAUAAUUAAUAUGUGAAGACUUAAUUGAUAAAAUUUCGUGUGACUCUGUAGAAUCCCAUGUGGCAAAAUGUAAUUGGAAUUAAAAAACAAAUUAGUGCUAAUCAUAGAAUACAAAUUUAAAUUAACACUAGAAUUAUGGGCAAUAUAAUGAGUGUGGUUGGUAUUAAAAAUGUGACUAAAAAAAGCUAAUGUAAGUUAUCAAAACAUUUAAUUAAAGUGAAGAAGAGAUAUAGAGAUGUGACAGUAUUGAUUCUUUUCAGUAGUGCAUCUCAUUUAAUAACAAUGGUAUAGGAUGCACAUGGAAACAUAAUAAAUGCUAUUAAAUUUCACAAUGUAGCGAAAUCAAUGAUUUUAUGUAAUGCAGAAUAUCUAGAAUAAAAGAGAAAUGCUAAUUGGUUAUUAAUGGCAAGUCAUCACGUGAUUUGUUUGAUGAAUAUGAAUGCAGGGCAAAGGAUUGCAAAUUUAAUCUAUUUUCUUAAUGUUAAAAUUUUGUGAAUGGGAGAAGAUGCUUUUAAUAUUAUGGGGAAUGUAGCUAAUGUUCAUAUUUCACAACGCUAUAAUCUUGCUCAGAUACAAAUCAAUGCACUUGGUAAAAUGAUGUUUGCAGGAACAUAUUAUGUUCUGACUUGAAAGGGAAAAACCACUGUGAAAGUAAACCAUUUUGUUUGUUCAAUCAAUCGAAUUUAUAAUGUGAAACAAGAACUGACAACCAACUUUAUUGUUAUGCCUAUGAUAUACCAUCUGAUCCAAUAAAAUCAAAAAAAAAAGUAGAAAUUUGA